AUAGGGUAACAUUCUAAAAAAACAUUUCUUAAAAAAUGCUGAAUAAUGAAUCAGAUAGCCGCAAUCAUCUUCUGCCAAUUUGAUCCAGUUGCCGGACCUAAGAUAAGUUGUCAGGUUCCAACAGACUACAUCAGCAGCAAAGGUUUUGAUUCAAUACAUAACUACAUCAUUACAAAACCAGAGCUCCAAGGCAGACUUAUCACUGUGACAGCAUUAGACCAUAUAAUACUUGGUUGCCCUGUUGUCAUAGACAACCCCAAAUAUGCAAGAAAUGCUCUCAUCUUCAACUUAUGCUUUGUGUUUGACAAAGCCAUGGACACCUCCAACUAUGAACCUGUUGUUAAAAAAUUGGCUGCCUAUCUCACACAGCUAGAGAUGGAGAAUGGACUCUUGUCUGAUGAUGACAGUAAGGAACGUCUGCCAUCUUUCCUUUCAGAACUGCUGACCAGUCUAAAUAAGGAUGGUACCUGCAGUAUACCAAUGGGUGAGUCGUGCACAGUACAUUUGAAGGUUCCUCCCAUCAUACAAGACCCACCUAAUAUACAGGACCAUGAUGUACCCAUCAUUAUAAAGGACAAGAAUUCACUAAACCUUGCCUCCUUGGAUCUCACUACUCAACAGGUGUUGAUGUACAUCAAUGGGUUUAACCACGUAUCAAAGAUAGCAGCAGAGGCAGAUGUGGAGAGGAACUUGGUAAAGGUGUGUCUACAAAACUUAUUACAUUACAAGAUCAUCAAGAUCAUCUCCAUUUUCCAGUACUCCAACAUGUAUACAGUCACACCCCAGAUUCCAAAGCUGGUUGAAGACCGAUUGCUUCAGGAGGAAUGUGUCCGUUUUGUGGCUCGAAAAGCUGGUGAUUUUCCAAACUUUCGUGAUGUCUUCCUGCUGUACUCUGGCUUGACUGUAGGAACUACUGUAAAGGAUAUUUGCUGUAGGUACAACCCUCAUGCCAUGAAAAUUGAUGAAAAAAAACUGAUCCAAUUUGGACUGAUCAAAGGAUUCAUACGAAGACUACAUAAGUUUCCAGUAUACAUGCCAUCAGAAGCUGAACCUGUUGUAACAAGCAGCAAGCUCCAGGGGUUGUACAGUCUCUGUACAGGGUUACACAGUUAUGAUGAAAUAUGUACUAAACUAGGUAUCACUUACCAGGUGUUGGAUGAGAAGAUCGACAAUGAUCCUAAUGUGGUACCCUGUUGGAAGUGAUGGAGAUCACGAUUAUUACACCAUGCAUAGCUUGUAUCCAUGAUCCAUGAAGAAGACAAAGUGUAAUUACUAUGAUCCAAAUUUUCCGCGUUAAGAAUGGAGUGAUCUCAAAACAGGUUGUGAAUUAAGAGUCCUACGAUUGUGAGAGGAUCUUUUGAUUGUGCAAUAAUUAAGAUUGAGUGGACCUUUUGAUUGUGAAAUUGGGAAAGGUCCUUUAAUUGUGCAAUUGAGAGAGGUCUUAUGCUUAGGAGAUUGACAGGAGUGCUAUGAUUGGGAGAUUGAGAGGAGUGCUAUGAUAGGGAGAUUGACAGGAGUGCUAUGAUUGGGAAAUUGACAGGAGUGCUUUGAUUGGGAGAUUGACAGGAGUGCUAUGAUUGGGAGAUUGACAGGAGUGCUAUGAUUGGGAGAUUGAGGGGAUUACUAUGAAUGGGAGAUUGACAGGAGUGCUUUGAUUGGGAGAUUGACAGGAGUGCUAUGAUUGGGAGAUUGAGAGGAGUGCUAUGAUUGGGAGAUUGAGAGGAGUGCUAUGAUUGGGAGAUUGAGAGGAGUGCUAUGAUUGGGAGAUUGAGAGGAGUGCUAUGAUUGGGAGAUUGAGAGGAGUGCUAUGAUUGGGAGAUUGAGAGGAGUGCUAUGAUUGGGAGAUUGAGAGGAGUGCUAUGAUUGGGAGAUUGAGAGGAGUGCUAGAUUGAUAAAGGAGAUAAAUGUUGCAGCCAGUUGAAUAAAACAAGAGAAUUCAGAACAAAAAGUCAGUUUGAUUGUCUCAUCUGAAAAAUAUUUAUUACCCUCCCCCUUUCUGUUAGUUGAAGUAUAUCUGUAUGAUUGCCAACUGGGACUUCUAUAUAGUCACAGCACUAUGAUUUUGUAUGCAAACAGGUUAUAGUGAUAUUGUAGAAUCUGUUCUCGAGUUCUUCUCACCACUUUCCUAAGAGUAUAAGGCACACACAUUUAAUAAAUUUAUGUUGACUUAUCAACUGACUUGAAUUAAUUUGUGAAUGUAAAAUCAUGGAAUAAAAAAUAUGCUUGAGUGACCUAGAUAAGCACUGAUUGUUUAUACUAGUAUGUUUUCACUGAUGAAGAUGCAGAAAGAGGAAGACAUUUCAUCUUGUUAAAUAGAGUUUUCAAUGGUGAUAUUUGUGAAAUAAAUAUAUAACAAGACACACAA